AUGGAUAGGAGAAACUUCCCUCGUUUCGGUGUUCUGGUGCCUCAUCCUCCGACCAAACCUGCGCGGCCCAAACCUCCAGCCCUGAGUAACAGACCAAAACUUCCUCCAAUCAGAAAUUCCUCUGUGACUGAACAGAAAGGCCUCUACUCAGGUGGCAUCAGUACAAUCCAUGUUCAGUCUAAUAGUGUUGGACCUGAGAUCCAGAAGAGGUCACAGCCCCAACCCAUCCUGAAGUUCAGGGAUCACAAAACAACACACUGUGAGAUUGAGCACAUAAGUCCUCAUUUAACUGAUAGUCAAUUGAUUUUUAAUAAAACACAUUUCUGUGUAAAAACUUGAUCUUUUGCACUGUUUUCCUCACUUUUUUUUCUGACUUCUGGAGAAGAUACAUCCAAGGUUCAGCUGCCCUACCAAACAACUCCUGGGCAGAUCCCCCGCAAGUUAAAGAUAGAGAGAUGCCGAAAAGAGUACUUGAAGUUGGACUUGGAACAGCUUCUGGAAGAAAAAGGCAUAUGUUCCAGUCACCUCAUGGUCAGCGACGAGCCUGCGACUACACCAGACCAUUCUGUGUCACCUUACCUCCCACUAGAGAUUUUUGACAAUGAGGAAUAUGACUGUCGGACUCCAGAAGACUGGCUGGCCUGCAAUGCUGAUGGAAAAACUGUUUAUGGAAAAGCCCUGCUGCCUACAGAGAACAACAUUCCUUCUGAUGGUCCAGAAAGCUCCCUGCUGGAGUACAGCUGGCAUUUAGUUGCAGUUCUUGAAUUCAGUAAGGAGAAAUGCCAGUAUCUUGUACAGAAGGUUCACCAAAACACUAAGCUGACAGGUAAAAAAAAAAGACAAUAUUUCUUUUCUUUUUUUGUAAACACACUGCAAACAGACACUGGGCAUUGGGUACCCAGGAUUAGAGUGUUAUUCAUUGCUGAGGACCCACGUGUAUUUGUCGAACGGAUCCAGUUUGCCCUGCGUUUGAGAGAUAACGUAGAGGCUCUGAUUUUCUAUCACUUGACUGUGGACUGCAUGCCCAUCUGGAGUGGAACACCAUCUCUUGAUACUGUCAGUCUACAGCGUAUCAAAAUGCAUACCCUUUCAACUCCUGGGCUCAGGCAAGAAAUUGUAGAAAAGUGUUUAGGGGACCUGGAGAUGGAGGUCAAGCUAGAUUAUGACCGAACAAUGAAUCGCAUGAUCUUUGACAAAGUUGUUCAGAGCCAAUCAGAGGAUUUUUCACACAUCAACUUGCCAGAGAAGGAGUCUGUACCCGAGUCUGUACCCCAAAGUGGUUGCGUUCCAGUACCUUACUUUGACAAUAAGAGAAAACAAGCUGCUUUUGUCUUCCAUUCCCUGCUAACAAAGCCAGAGGUGAUCUGUUUGUUAUCUACAACAUGUCUGGAGUGCCACAAAGUAGCAACCAUGAAACUGUUCAAUGUCACUUCAGACAAACCUCUGCAACUCGACGAGUUUGAAGUCAUGCAGUUUCAAGUACACACUCAGAUAAACUUGUUUCUAAGAGAAACGUGGAUAACCACGCUGAGCAACAGCAUCUGUUCCAAGCUUGGGGUCCUGGGCAGGGGCUCUUAUAACGUCAAUGAGUCCCGCUGGGACAUGUACAAGUUUUCCAAGAUGCCCAGCCUGAUGGCUAGGGUGCGCUUCAACAUGCAGGACUCCCUGCGCUUCCUUGUGCAGGAUUCAUUGGCCAGCCUGACUCAGCUGCUUUUAGAUGCCUGCCACAAUGUGCUGACAUGUCCUCAGGAACUGGUCUGGGGAAACGACCUUAUCACAAGCCCCUACAAGCCAAAGAAGAACCCUCUGUUCCUGGUGGACUUGGUACUUGAUCAGACUGGGGUCCAUUACAGCCCUCCUCUGGAAGGUUUUGAGCCAUCCAUCAUUAACCUUUUUGAUAAGGGUAUUUUGGUUACAAAAAAUGUACCACAGCUUGAAAAGUUUGUGAUGAAAAAUUUGGUAUUCACCGAUGAUCUGUUGCUUGACUCGGUGAGUUUGCGGGAAUCAGAAGUAACUGAGCUAAGAGAGAAGGUCCGCAGUGUCGUGAAACAAGCAGCCAUUCCGCUCAGGGCUUACGCUGCUGAAUAUGAGAAACACUUGGAGCUACACAACCUGGACAUAGAAACUCAUCUCAAAUUGAAUACAAAUGCAGAAAUCACAUCCCAAAUAGUGAAGAGAGAGGUGGAACAGCAUCUAAAAGACCAGGAAUUAAUCAAAUACACCCUGCCAGCCUCGAUUGUCAUCGGCCCAUUUGUAGUCCGUGUCGAAGCUGUGCGUCAGGCUCUCGCAAACAAAAAAAAGUCUUUGGCCAACGCUAUGUUGGAACAGCUUGCUCACAAGUUACGCAAGCAGGUUGAUGAUGUGUGUGAAGAGUAUAAUGUAAUGAUUAGAAAGCUGCGUGAGAAGCCCAACAGCAUUGAGGAACUGACUGAAAAGAGGGACUGGAUGAAGCAAAUCCCUGAACAGCUCAAGAUUUACAAGGAACUCAUUGACAAAACCCUGACAGAUUAUGAUCUACUUGAAGAAUCUGUAAGAAUUUCAAACGACGAUUUAAACAAAAAGUGGUCAGCUAUUGGAUGGCCACAAAGGAUUAUCAGCCAGGUGGAAGUAGCAGGGAUUCAAAAUGAAGAGGAUGAGGAGGUCUUCCGUAAAAUCCAGGUGGUUGACCAGAACAACUUUGAGGAGCAUCUGGAUUCUCUACAGAUGUUGGUUGCUGGGUUUGCGGGCCACUCGGACAUUGAUCAUGCCCAUGAGGUGGCCAAUAAGAUGAGGCAUACAAGCAAGCAACUUAAGGAGUGCCAGACAAUGGUUCAGACCUACAACACCAGAGAACGUUUGUUUGGUAGUCCUGUCACCAAUUAUGAUCGUCUGCAAAAGUUGGUAAAGGACUUCCAGCCUUUUAAAGACCUUUGGAUCACCACGUCUGAUUGGCUGCGUUGGUAUGAGAGCUGGCUCAAUGACCCACUGUCCUCCAUCGACCCUGAGCAGCUUGAGCGCAAUGUUUCAGAUGCACACAGGACCAUGCACAAAUGUAUUAAACAAUUCAAGGACAUUCCUGACAGCCAGCUGGUGGCAACUGUGAUCCGCAGCAAGAUUGAGGACUUCCGUCCUUAUAUUCCUCUGAUUCAGGGCUUGAGGCACCAUGGGAUGAAAAACCGCCACUGGGACAUGCUUUCAGAACGGAUUCAGAUGAAAGUCAAGCCCAAAGCUAACCUGACAUUCUCACGUUGCCUGGCGCUUGGCCUACAGAACCAUGUGGAUGACAUAGCACAUGUUGCUGAGGUGGCAGGAAAAGAGUACACCAUCGAACAGGCCCUGGAAAAGAUGGAGCAAGAGUGGGCGAAUGUAUUCUUUGAUGUGUUGCCUUACAAGGAGACAGGCACCUACAUCUUAAAGAGCCCAGAUGAAGUUUCCCAGUUGCUGGAUGACCACAUAGUCAUGACCCAGAGCAUGUCCUUCUCUCCCUUCAAAAAGACCUUUGAAGCCCACAUCAACACCUGGGAGAGCAAGCUCAGAAUGACUCAAGAUGUGCUAGAGGAGUGGCUUACAUGCCAGCGUUCCUGGCUCUACUUGGAGCCAAUUUUCAGCUCUGAUGAUAUCAACCAGCAGCUGCCCGUUGAAGGAAAAAGAUACCAGAAAAUGGAACAAGCUUGGAGGAGAACAAUGAAAAGUGCCUUUAAUAAUCCAAAGGUGAUAGAGAUUUGUCCAGAUGCUCUCCUAUUAGACAAACUGAAAUACUGCAACACGUUGUUAGAACAGGUACAGAAGGGUCUCAGUGAGUACUUGGAGACUAAACGAAGUUCCUUUCCCAGGUUUUACUUCCUGUCGGAUGAUGAGCUCCUCGAGAUUCUGUCCCAGACCAAAGAUCCUAAUGCUGUGCAGCCACACUUACGCAAAUGCUUUGAGAACAUUGCAAGGCUUAAAUUCCAGUCAGAUCUACAGAUCACUCACAUGUACUCAGGAGAAGGUGAGGAAGUGAAGCUGUUCCUGCCUGUGUGGCCGACUGGAAAUGUGGAGGACUGGCUUAAGGAUGUUGAGAAAUCUAUGAAGGCCACAUUGAGGGAUAAUAUUGACCACUCUCUCAAAGUCUAUCCUGAGGUCUGAAACCCUCCUCUUGUAUAACAUUUUUUUUAUGUUUGAUCUGUACUUUCUCUCUUGACCCUUCAGCAACCUCGUACAGAGUGGGUCUUAUCAUGGCCUGGCCAAGUAGUCAUCGCUGGCUGUCAGGUCUUCUGGACCACUGAGGUGUCUGAGGCCUUGGAGCAGGGAGACAUGGCCAGCCGCCUUUAUCCACAACUACAGACACAGCUCGGGGACUUGGUGCAGCUAGUGAGAGGAGGUCUGUCAAAGAUGCAGCAAUCUGUGCUCUCUGCACUUAUUGUCAUAGAAGUGCAUGCUAAGGAUGUUGCAGCCAAGCUGGUGGAGCAGGAGGUCUCAAGCGUCAAUGAUUUUGAGUGGAUCAGCCAACUCAGAUAUUACUGGGCAAAAGAUGACCUUUACAUCCGUGCAGUAAAUGCAGAGUUUUUGUAUGGAUACGAGUACCUUGGUAACUCUGGACGUCUGGUCAUCACCCAGCUCACUGACAGGUGCUACUUGACCCUAACAGGAGCUCUACACCUGAAAUUUGGAGGGGCUCCUGCAGGCCCAGCAGGUACAGGAAAAACAGAAACGACUAAAGACCUGGGAAAGGCUCUGGCUAUCCAGACCGUUGUUUUCAACUGCUCUGAUCAGCUGGACUUCAUUGCAAUGGGCAAGUUUCUCAAAGGACUGGCAACCUCAGGGGCCUGGGCUUGCUUUGAUGAGUUUAAUCGUAUUGAUGUGGAAGUGCUGUCUGUGGUGGCACAGCAGAUCACCACCAUACAAAAGGCCCAGCAGCAAAGGGCAGAACGGUUUAUGUUUGAAGGGUCAGAGAUCCCUCUUGUUCCUUCUUGCGCUGUGUUCAUCACUAUGAAUCCUGGAUAUGCUGGGCGCACUGAACUUCCUGACAAUCUCAAGGCCCUGUUUCGCCCCGUGGCCAUGAUGGUCCCUAACUACGCUAUGAUUGCUGAGAUCUCUUUGUACUCAUUUGGCUUUAGUGAUGCCAAAGUCCUCUCCAAGAAGAUCACCACCACAUUCAAACUCUCCUCUGAACAGCUGAGCUCUCAGGAUCAUUAUGAUUUUGGAAUGAGAGCUGUAAAGACUGUGAUCUCAGCUGCUGGCAAUCUGAAGAGAGAGAAUCCUGACAUGAAUGAGGAGUUGAUCUGCCUGCGGGCAAUACAAGAUGUCAAUGUGCCUAAGUUCUUACAGGAUGACCUGAAGCUCUUCAACGGUAUCGUGUCCGAUCUUUUCCCAAAGACUAAGCAGGAACCGAUCAACUAUGGCACACUCGAAGAAUCUAUGCGUAACGUCUGCAUCAAGAAAAACCUCAAAGAUGUUGAUGGAUAUAUCAGUAAAUGUAUUCAGCUGUAUGAGACCACAGUGGUGAGGCAUGGACUGAUGUUGGUGGGGCCCUCUGGAUCAGGGAAAACCAAGUGUUAUGAGAUACUAGGUGCUGCAGUAACAGCUCUGAAGGGCGAGCCCUCUGUGAGUGGAGGCAUGUAUGAAUCUGUUCAGAUGUAUGUCCUCAAUCCCAAGUCUAUCACAAUGGGACAGCUCUAUGGAGAGUAUGACUUGCUCACACACGAGUGGACCGAUGGUAUCCUCUCAUCUCUUAUCCGUGGAGGUGCAUCAUCGAUGGACGAAGAGAAAAAGUGGUACAUGUUUGAUGGGCCAGUGGAUGCUGUAUGGAUUGAGAACAUGAACACAGUGCUGGAUGACAACAAAAAACUGUGCCUCAGCUCAGGAGAAAUCAUUAAACUGACAGAUGUGAUGACCAUGAUGUUUGAAGUACAAGACUUGGCAGUUGCAUCUCCAGCCACAGUGUCUCGCUGUGGUAUGGUCUACCUGGAGCCAAGUAUUUUGGGCCUUGUCCCUUUCACAGAGUGCUGGCUGAGGCGGAUCCCUGAAGCCAUGAAACCUUUCACAGAGCAGCUGAACUCCCUGUUUGCCAGGUUCCUGCAGGACUCCAUCAAAUGUGUCCGAACAUCAGUAAAGGAGGUCAUUACAUCUUUGGACAGCAACCUGACAUGUAGUCUUCUUAAACUAAUGGACUGCUUCUUCAAUCCCUUCAAAGUUAAAGAGGGAGAAAAGCCUCCUCCAAAAAAGAAAUUGGACCGCCUCAAGGAGCUGAUCGAGCCCUGGUUCUUCUUCUCUCUGGUGUGGAGUGUAGGAGCGACAGGAGAUGGAGCUAGCUGUAGGCGCUUCAGUGCCUGGCUCAAAAACAAGAUGGCAGAAGAAGAGAUUCAGCUUUGUUUUCCAGAGGAGGAACUGGUGUAUGACUACAGGCUUGAUGAUGCAGGGAUAAGUAAUUUUGAGGAUGACGAUGAAGAUGAGGACCGAAAAGUCCAGUGGGCAAGCUGGAUGAAAUCUGCAAAGAGUGUUGUUAUCACCCCGAACACAAGCUAUGCUGACAUCAUCGUUCCCACUGCUGACACUGUGAGAAUGGCUUUCCUCAUGGAUAUGCUUUUGGCCAAUAAGAAACCUGUGCUCUGUAUUGGGCCCACAGGCACAGGAAAGACCCUGACCAUGUCUGACAAGCUGCUGAAAAACAUGCCUGCUGAAUACAUCACACACUUCCUCAUGUUCUCUGCCCGCUCCUCAGCCAACCAGACUCAGGAUUACAUUGACAGUAAACUAGAUAAAAGGCGGAAAGGUGUGUUUGGACCUCCAUUAGGGAAGUACUUUAUCUUCUUCAUCGAUGACCUAAACAUGCCAAUGUUGGAGACCUAUGGUGCUCAACCUCCUAUUGAACUGCUGAGGCAGUGGAUGGACCACAGAGGCUGGUAUGACAGGAAACAGAUAGGGACUUUCAAACACAUAGUGGACAUCAAUUUUGCCUGUGCAAUGGGACCCCAGGGAGGCAGGAACCCCAUCACCCAGCGCUUUACACGCCACUUCAACUUCCUGUCCUUCACUGAAAUGGAGGAUGCCAGCAAGAAAAGGAUUUUUUCCACCAUUUUGGGCAGUUGGAUGGAUGGAAAUAUGAGUAAAAAAGAGCCAGGAAGACCCGUGCCAGAAAUCCAGCCGCUGAAUGAGUCCCUGGUAGACGCUACUAUCAGAGUCUACGCUACCAUUACAUCUCAGCUCCUCCCAACACCGGCCAAAUCCCAUUACACCUUCAACCUCAGAGACCUGUCCAAAGUCUUCCAGGGCAUCCUGAUGGCUGAGGCUGGAAUGAUGGAGGACAAACUGCAGCUACUGCGGCUGUGGUACCAUGAAAGCUGCCGGGUAUUCCAGGACCUGGUGUGUACUGAAGACAGGGACUGGUUUAACCUGCUCCUAAAGGACUGCAUUCAGAAGUUUGACUGCAGCUUUGACGAGGUUGUGCCAGUCCAACCUGUUUUAUAUGGAGAUUUCAUGAUUCCUGGAGCUGACAACAAAGUCUACACACUCAUAGAAGACAAGGAAAAGUUGGUGAAAGUGAUGGAGGAAUACAUGGAGGACUACAACCAGAUCAGUACCACCAAGAUGAAGCUGGUGCUCUUCAUGGAUGCUAUUGAGCAUGUGUGUCGUAUCAGCCGCAUCCUGCGCCAGCCCCUGGGCAACGCCCUGCUGCUUGGAGUGGGCGGCAGUGGACGCCAGUCCCUUACUAAGAUGGCCUCAUAUAUGUCAGAGUAUGAGUGUUUCCAGAUUGAGUUGGCCAAAAACUACGGUCAGACAGAGUGGAGAGAAGAUAUUAAAAGCAUCAUGCUGAAGGCCGGCCUCCAGGACCAGCAGAUCACCUUCCUCUUUGUUGACACACAGAUUAAGAGUGAGUCGUUCCUGGAGGAUAUCAACAACAUUUUGAACUCUGGAGAUGUUCCCAACCUGUACGCGUCAGACGAGCAGGAACGCAUCCUAGCAGCCAUGAAGCCAGUGGUGCAAGAUCUGGGCCAACAGCCAACUAAAUCCAACCUCAUGGCUGCUUACAUCAGGAGAGUCCGCACCAACAUCCACACUGUGCUUUGCAUGAGUCCUAUUGGUGAGGUGUUUCGUGCCCGGCUCAGGCAGUUUCCCUCUCUGGUGACAUGUUGUACCAUAGACUGGUUCAGCGCCUGGCCAGAAGAGGCUCUUCAGGCUGUUGCCACAUCAUUUCUUAAUGAGUUGCCUGAGCUUGAAUUAAGCCCGACAGCUACAAGAGGACUGACACUGAUGUGUGUUAAGAUCCACCAGACAGUAGCCAUUAAGUGUGAACAGUACCUGGCUGAGCUUUCGCGGCACAACUACGUCACUCCCAAGAGUUACCUGGAACUGCUCAAAAUAUUCUCAGAUCUCAUUGGACGUAAGAAGCAAGAGUUGUGUGGUGCUCGUCUGCGCAUGAAGACUGGCCUGGACAAGCUUCUUAGCACAGCUGAGGACGUGAGUAAUAUGCAGGAGGAACUGGAGGCGAUGAGACCUCUUUUGGAGGAGGCUGCCAAGGACACCGAAGUCACUAUGGAGACCAUCAAAGUAGACACAGUGGUUGCAGAGGAAACCCGUAAGUCAGUACAAGCCGAGGAAGCCAAAGCUUCAGAGAAAGCCCGUUUUGCAGGAGCCAUCGCUGCAGAUGCCCAGAGAGACUUGGAUGAGGCUCUGCCAGCCCUGGAUGCUGCUCUCACGAGCCUCAAGUCCCUCAACAAGGGUGAUGUCACCGAGUUACGAGCGAUGCAGCGACCUCCACAGGGGGUGAGGCUGGUUAUCGAGGCGAUGUGCAUUAUGAAAGGUAUCAAACCCAAAAGAGUUCCUGGAGAGAAGCCUGGUACUAAGAUUGAUGACUACUGGGAACCUGGCAAGGGUCUGCUGCAAGACCCUGGCAAGUUCCUGGAGAGCCUCUUCAAGUAUGAUAAGGAGAAUAUCCCGGAUAGUGUGAUAAACUUAGUCCAGCCCUACAUAGAUAAUGAGGAAUUCCAGCCAGCCUCCAUUGCCAAGGUUUCCAAAGCCUGUACCUCCAUUUGCCAGUGGGUGCGGGCCAUGCAUGUUUAUCAUUUUGUGGCUAGGGCUGUGGAACCUAAAAGGCAAGCUCUCAAAGAGGCUCAGGAAGACUUAGCGGCUACCCAGCUCAUCCUGGAUGAUGCCAAUGAAAAGCUGGCAGUAGUGGAGGGAGGCAUUGCCACCCUGCAGGCCAAGUACCAAGCCUGUUUGGCAAAGAAGGACGAGCUGGACAAUAAGUUUCAGUUGUGUGGAGCCCGCCUCGUCCGAGCAGACAAGCUUAUAGGUGGUCUUGCAGAUGAGAAGGUGCGUUGGAAGGAAACAGUACAACAUCUGGAUUACAUGGUUAAUAAUUUGGCAGGUGACGUGCUGCUGUCUGCAGGAUAUAUAGCAUACCUGGGACCCUUCACUGGCGAGUACAGGGCAGCCAUGGCAGAGGAGUGGCUUAUUUGUUUCAAAGAGCUAAGUGUCCCGCACACUGAAGAACCAAACCUGAUCAGCACUCUUGGAGAUCCAGUCAAGAUCCGUUCCUGGCAGAUAUCAGGAUUGCCAAAAGACAACCAUUCAGUGGAGAAUGGUGUGAUUACGCAGUAUUCUCUGCGCUGGGCACUCUUCAUUGAUCCUCAGGGACAAGCAAACACAUGGAUCAAAACUAUGGAGCGAGACAAUGGAUUGGAGGCUAUGAAGCUUAGUGACCAGGACUUCCUACGCAGUCUGGAGAAUGCCAUCAGCUUUGGGAAACCCUGCCUCCUGGAGAAUGUAGGAGAGGAGUUGGAUCCAGCCCUAGAACCUGUCUUGUUACAACAGACAUUUAAGCAGCAGGGCAAUACAGUGCUGAAGCUGGGCGACUCAGUCAUCCCUUACCAUGAAGACUUCAAGAUGUACAUUACCACCAAGCUACCUAACCCACACUACACUCCAGAAGUUUCCACCAACGUCACCCUUAUAAACUUCACUCUAUCACCCAGUGGUCUAGAGGACCAGCUGCUGGGUCAGGUUGUGGCUGAGGAACGUCCAGACCUUGAGGAGGCUAAGAACCAGCUGAUUGUCAGCAAUGCUCAGAUGAAACAGGAGCUAAAAGAAAUUGAGGAUGAGAUUCUGUUCCGUCUGAGCUCCACAGAAGGAAACCCUGUGGACAAUGAAGAGCUCAUCCAAGUCUUGGAGGCUUCCAAGAUUAAAGCAGGAGAGAUCAAGGCUAAAGUGAUAGCAGCAGAGCAGACAGAGAAGGACAUUGAUGCCACACGUUUGGAGUAUGUGCCAGUGGCUGUGCGCACACAGAUCCUCUUCUUCUGUGUAUCUGACCUGUCCAAUGUAGACCCCAUGUACCAGUACUCGCUGGAGUGGUUCCUUCGGAUCUUCAUGGCUGGCAUUGCAAACUCUGAAAGAGCAGACACGGUGGAGAAGAGAAUCGAAAACAUCAAUGAAUUUUUCACCUUCAGCCUGUACAGCAACGUGUGCCGCAGCUUGUUUGAGAAGCACAAACUUAUGUUUGCUUUCCUCCUUUGCACUCGCAUCAUGAUGAAUGAUAACAAAAUUAAUAUGGCUGAGUGGCGCUACCUGCUAUCAGGAGGGAUGCCGAUGCAAGAGCUGACUAACCCUGCAGUGAGUUGGCUGUCAGAUCGAGCCUGGCGGGACAUUCUUGGCCUCAGUGCUCUGGACAACUUCAGCAACCUGGCAGAGAGCUUCCCCGAACAUCUUCAGGGUUUCAAGAGAAUUUUUGAUAGCAACCACCCUCACAGGUGCUCGCUUGUUACCCUCAUUUGUUCUGUGCAGAAGCUGUCAUACUAGCUGGACUCAUUCCAGAGGCUGUUGGUCCUCCGCUGUCUGAGGGCUGACUGUCUCGUUCAAGGCCUGCAGGACUAUGUAUCAGCUCAGCUGGGACAACGCUUCAUAGAACCUCAGACUUCAGACCUGGCUGUGGUCUUCAAGGAUUCCUCCCUCUCCACUCCCCUCAUCUUUGUGUUGUCCCCUGGCACUGAUCCUGCAGCUGAUCUUUACAAGUUUGCCGACGUCAUGCAGUUCUCAAAGAAAAUGAGUGCCAUCUCUCUGGGUCAGGGCCAGGGCCCCUGGGCUGAGAUCAUGAUGCACGCUGCAAUGAAACAAGGUCAUUGGGUCUUCUUCCAGAACUGUCACCUGGCUCCCAGCUGGAUGCCCUCCCUGGAGAGACUCAUCGAGAACAUCGACCCAACAAAGGUGACACACUUGAAGUCUUUGCUCCUUUCUCUGUGUCUCUUCCAUGGAAUUUCUCUUGAGAGAAGGAAGUUUGGUCCAUUAGGCUUUAACAUUCCCUACGAGUUCACAGAUGGAGACCUGAAUAUCUGCAUCAGCCAACUCAAAAUGUUCCUGGACGAGUACCAGGACACCCCAUUCAAGGUACUAAGAUACACUGCUGGAGAGAUCAACUAUGGCGGCCGUGUGACAGAUGACUGGGACAGACGAUGUUUGCUCAGUGUGUUGGAGGAUUUCUACUCUCCCAAUGUGCUUGUUGAAGAACACAACUACUCUUCAUCUGGAGUCUACAGGCAGAUUGACACAAAUCUGGAUAUCAAGGGUUACUUGUCAUACAUCCGUGGUUUGCCCAUCAACGAUUCACCGGAGAUCUUUGGUCUCCAUGACAACGCUAACAUCAGUUUUGCCCAGAAUGAGACUUUUGCCCUGCUGGGAACCGUGGUUCGUCUCCAGCCUAGAACGGCCUCUGCUGGGGGAAAAUCUCAUGAGGAGAUAGUGGAGGAGAUAGUGGCAGACAUCGUUGUAAAGAUCCCCCAGCCUUUCAGUGUUCAGGAGGUGAUGGAAAAGUACCCGGUCCUCUAUGAAGAGUCCAUGAACACAGUGCUCAUGCAGGAGGUCAUCAGAUAUAACAAGUUGCUGGAGGUCAUCUUGCAGAGUCUGGGUGAUAUUGUGAAGGCUCUGAAUGGUUUAGUGGUGAUGUCAUCAGAACUGGAGCUUAUGGCCAACAGUCUGUUUAACAACCUGGCCUACCCGUCUCUGAAGCCUUUGGCCUCCUGGGUGUCAGAUCUGCUCCAGAGGAUCAAUUUCCUGCACAGAUGGAUCUAUAAUGGCAUUCCACCUGUCUUCUGGAUUAGUGGCUUCUUUUUCCCCCAGGCUUUUCUCACCGGAACCCUCCAGAAUUAUGCCCGUCGCUCGGGCUUCUCCAUCGACACUAUUGGAUUUGACUUUGAGGUUGUAGAGAAGCCAGUGUCAGAGAUAACAGAGAAACCAAGCUCAGGCUGCUAUAUCCACGGUCUAUUCCUGGAGGGUGCUCGCUGGGAUAAGCAGGAAUGUCAACUCACGGAUUCCAGGCCCAAGGAGCUCUACACAGAAAUGUCGGUCAUCCGGCUCAUCCCGGAACCUAACCGCAAACCUCCACCCACUGGGGUCUACGUGUGCCCCAUCUAUAAGACCCUCACACGUGCUGGGACUCUGUCUACAACCGGUCAUUCAACCAACUAUGUGAUUGCAGUGGAGCUGCCUACAGAUCAGAGUCAGGGACAUUGGAUCAAACGGGGAGUGGCCCUCAUCUGUGCAUUGGACUACUAAACACAAAUACACACAUUUUUCCUUAAACAAGAAAAAACACCUGUGGUGACUGUGUCUUUAUUUUA